AUGUCUCAAUCUUAUGUCUCCACUCCAAGCAAACACUCCAAAGAGCAAUCAAACCCUAAAAAUAUUGGCACUGAGAUAGAUCCCUCUUAUGUCAUUACUGAUGUUGUUCCCUUCUCGAUUGUCCCUGUGCAUGCAACUCCCAUGAGAAAGGAUAUAACUUCAUCUUCAAGGAAAGGCAAACCUUCUAAAGUAAGUACAUCUUCCACUCCUUCCAUGACUGCUAGAAAUAUGAAUGAUCCUACUACAGUGAAGAAACCCCAGUCCAUGACUAGUUUGUAUCUCGACCCCAUCAACAUUGAACCUAAUGUUGAUGUGUCUAAAGAUUGUCCUAUUGUGGCAAAUGUUAUGGAAGAUGUUGAAGCCUCUGAAACCAGCAAUAGACAUAUAUCUGUAAUAACCUUUAGUAAAUCAAGCAUGGCCGUUAUUGACAGAGACAAUGUUGAUAAGAAUAUUCGUGUGUUGAUCUCUCAAGUGUUGGGGAUUGACCCCAAGACAAAUGUCGUCCCAGAUGUCUCCAUAUCCCUGGCCCAACCUGAUAACAAUACUGAGAACCCCAGAGAUAAACCUGAUAUGAAUGCACCUACAUUGUCUCCUGAGAAAUCGCAAGACAAAGAAAGGUCUAGAGAAAUGACUAAUGAGCUGGGUGACAAAGAUAAAAACCCUGUUGACAAAAAUGAUCAACCCACUGACAUUGUUAAUGUUGAGGAAAUGGACUCUGAUGAUGUUCCUAUUGGGAAAAAACUGGAUCCUGGUAUAGCUAAAAGGUUGAAGAACAGAAAAGGCCAAGUUGUUGGAUCCUCCAGCACACCCUCCAAAUAUGUCAGGAACAAAGCAAGUGUUGGUCCCACAAAAAGAUGGAGCAAGGUGGUGACUCCUGUAUCUAAGAAGAAAUCCCUAAAAAGGAAGGAAGAUCCCUAUGAGUCUAGUGAAUCUGAUCAUGAUGUCGAACACAAUGUCCAGGAUAUCAUCUCUACUUCCAAAAAGCAAGCCUCAUGGAAGAAAAUACCAGCUAAUAUUCCUGAAGUUCCACUUGAUAACAUUUCAUUUCACUCUAUGGAGAAUCUUUAA